AUGGCAUCAAUCAUUCAUGAAAAACUUGUUGAAGCUAUUAAAGAAUUAGAUCGUAGCGGAAAUACUUUACCUCCACCAAACAAAGAAUUAAUUGAACAAAUAAAAGAAGAACUAACUGGAUUUAAAGAAUCACAAAUAUUGAAUCCACGAAUGGUGUAUGCUAAUGCACUUCGUCAACGAUUAAAAGAUUUAUAUGAGAUUUAUUUGAGUGAACGAUUAAAACGUAUUGAAAAUAUUCGAUGGGAAAUUGGAACAGCACUUCCAGUAAAUAUUCGUGCGUCAAUGACUAAUGAUGAAAUUCAAUACUUUAAGCAAUAUUGUAAAAUUGUUGGUGAAUAUAGUGUUAAUAGUGAGGUUGAUGUUGUAAGUGAUACCCUUUAUCCACCUAUUAACAAUUAUAUUAAUGUUCGGGCAAAUGUUACUAAAGGAAUGGAUGAUUUGCCACAAAAUCCAAGCAUUUAUACAACAAAUGGACUAUUAAAAUUGGAUAAUAGUGAAGUCCAAUGUGUGUUAAGAAAUUCAACAGUUGAUUCAUUAAUUCAUCUUGGUGUAUUAUCAAUAGUAGAUUGA